CCUCUUGCCACUAGCGCAGAUCAGCAAUGUACGGUCCGUAAUACGCCCAUGCCAACACUGCCGUGACAGGAAUAAUUCCGCUGUCUCACGCAUGGAUUUUUGCUCUGACCAGUGGCGGCCUGUUCAUUUCAUGUUGCCUGGCCGUGGGCCGCCGCUGGUGUCUUCGGCCAGUAGUCCGAGCCGCUUUGUACAGGAUAAAACUCUAUGCGGGGAAACUGGUUGUCCCGCAGAGCCGGGCAUACUUUCCCCACGCGGGUACCCGGGAACUGAGGUCAAUGUCGAACACGGCAGCCCAAUUCUUGUCUACCUGCAGUACACCACUACACGUAAGUGCAACUGUACUACGGACUGCAUUGGAUGACGGCAAGUGAUGGCCCUUGCACUUCCUAAAGCAGUAUGUGAUUAUAUGAAGAGGUGAUCAUAGCGAAGGGAGAUGGGCGCCCCUCCCGGACAGAUACCAUUCUCGAUCCAUGAUCACUCUCGCGACGGCGUUGCUAGUGUGAACCUUGUCUGCAUCAGACGAAUACCCCGAAAGCUUUCAACGAGUCGUUUCUUUUUCGUUUUGAAUCCC